AUCCACCAAUUCGACGCAAAGUUCUGGUUGGGCUUGGAAAUAACCCGACAUGAUUUCUUGCGACGGAUGAGCAUGCAAAAUAGCAAUAAGCGCCCGCAGUCGACGUUCCACGGCGUUGACCCGAGCUUCAUUGCUGUAAAAGGCUCUGGCCAAUCGAAUGUCGGCGAGAAGAGCGAACAAUCGAUCAUCGCGAAUUUUGUCCCGUCCACCAGCUUUUUCUAGACAAGUAAAGAAGAGUUCGGCUGUUGACUUUGUUGGCUUGGCUUGAGAACAAAUUGGGCCCACCCUUCUCCGUUUCUUGCUGGCUUCGACUGUCGUUUCGCCAUCUUCCUCCUCGGGGGUCAUUUCGGCAUCCGUGCUUUGUGCCGAAUCUUCCACAAUCUCAUUUGCCGAUAGAUGAAUUCUCACCAACUGGUAGUCCUCCGCCGCUUCUUCCAUUUCCUCGUUGACAUUGCUGGAGAAUGAAAAAUCCAAUUCACCGGCUUUGGCUGGCAGUGCGCCUUGACCGUAUUCGGAGUUGUCGGUUGUAACACAUGUGAAUAAUCCCAAUCCAGAGCCCCGUGUGCCCCAGCCUCUCGCCAAUGCGAUAAGACGGCGAUGGGAAGCCGUCUUGGAAUUGUGUAGGCCGGUUGUGUGCUGAUUGACUUCAGGCGACUGUUGUUUGUGCAAUGACGGAGGUGUGGCCAGGUUGCUGAGAGUUUCCAAGGCCAAAGCGGAAAGUGAAUCAUCUGCUGCGGCGAGUAGAUCCGCCAGCUCCUCGACUGAGUUGAAUACGGACUUGCUGGAUGAAUUUCGCAAGAGACAACACAAGAAACGAAGCAAUUUUUUGAUCGUCUCAAUGACCUCAGGUGAAACUUUGGCCACAUCCUCUAGCGAUUCGGCAGGGCUAGAGACGAAUUGAUGCUGUGAAUCGACACUUCCGCGGCCUCUCUUUCUCUUUACAGGCCCAAUCAAUAGAAGGGAAGGGUACUUCUGAAUAAAGUAGGCAAGGCAUGCAUCGAUAGCAUUCAAACCCGCAAUCCACUCGUGCAAAUCCACCUGCAGCGAAAUGAAAGAAAGAAGACCAUGAGCUGUUAUUGUUGAAUUCGUCGUUCUCUGUUUGUUUACAUGCUUACCUGUUCUUCAAAGUGCCAUGAUUGAUACGGCUCGACAACCGCAACCAAUUCGGCAACAUCCAAAGGCGCCACUACAUCGUCGGAUGUUUGCGGCGGGUUUCGCUGUGGAUGGGGCUGAAAUCCAUUGAGUGUUUCGAUCAGCUUGCGAAGCCUUGGAUCAUCAAUGAUUUGAGGAGUGACCCCUACAGCGGUGGAUAGGAUAGGUGCCAUGAUCACUCAGCAAAAUGACGCGUUCUCAGGAUGUUCAGCAAAUAGAUACUCGAAAGAUUCAAUUCCUGUCAAGUCAUCAAUCAGCUCUCGCUAGCCAGUUAGUAGCUACUAUCGAUCCAAAUUCCGGUCUUGUGCUUCUACCACGCUGUGCUGGCCUCUGUCUCUUUCGCUUCACUGCACUACUAGUACUUGCUGGUUUCACAGGACUGUUCUACUCUUCUUCGUUGCUCUCUUCUGAUGGUUGGUGAUGGCAAGCCAGAAGAAGGCACCGUGUUGCGAUUUGUAUUCGGAUGUGGUCAGUCGCGACGGCCCACAAAUAUGUUCAUGUCUGUUGAAGCCCGCCCUUUCGACAGCGUGCAUGAGAGCGUGAAGAUAGAACCCAGCUGAGCUGUAAUUGAAAUUAAUGACUAAGACAAUCACGUGUCCGCCAAGCCUGGACGGUGACAACUGGACUGGCAACGAUCUUUUGGAUCUUUCCAAGGCAUCAGCCAACAAGCAGCAGUCUCCGGCACUAGCUAUUAGCUAGCUUCUAUCCGGAUAGCCCUUUUAGAAGAGUAUGGGACGAUCCAAUGCAUACAAAAGAAAAACGUUUUAUCAUCAUGCCCACAGACUCAUGAAGGUUUCCUCUUGGAUGUUUUCCAUACUCUUAUUUCUCCCACCCCAUGCCGAUUGCUUUUCUUUGCAAGGAUCAUCGCAAGUCAGUUUCACGCAGCGCCAACAUGCUCGACUAUGCUCCCUGAACAGUGGCGAGUCGGAAAAUCCAAUUGUGAAUGGUCAUGGCAACGCCCUCAAAGAACAAUUUGAAGCUCUCAGGAAACAAAAGCCGUUCAAGUCCCUACCAGACGAUUGCUGCCAACUGAUUGCCCGUGGUAGCUUCACAGCAGUACCAACCUCCAAUCAAGACGAUAUUGUCCCCAUCAACUCCAUGGUGCUACAAAUCCAACAACAAGAUGAUAAUAGUCUGGAAACAAUAAUUCUUGUGAUUCUAGCCGAAGACGACAAGAUUGACCUGCAAAAAGUCACGGACUUUUGGAAUCAGAAACAAGCGACGACAGUCACAACGGUCAAAUUUUCCCCCACCGACCAGCUAGAGUUCCUUGUUGGGUAUGCUUCUGGUUCUGUACCACCCAUUGGACACAUGUCCUCCUCCAGCAAUCCAAUUGUGUUGCCCACGAUUUUAGAUGCCAGUUUGAUCCAAAACACGGCCCGGCGAAAGUUAUUGGGUGGAGGAGGUCACCCUGAUUUUCAAUCUUUGAUCAGGUUAUCCGCAAUGGUGGGCAUGGAUCAUGUCGAGGUUGGCAAUAUCAUUACUUCAUCCACGGAAAAGACUCAGCAGCAGGAUGACAACAAUAUUAUAGCAGCCAGCCUUCCUGCUCCUCGAAUGAUCUCUCUACCAGAAUGGGGAUCUUCCAAACGACCAAAACCUUUGUUUCCUGUAGAAACACCGGCUAUGGAUAUCGCCCAAGAACUGCUCAAGGAGUGCAAGGAUAAAGACCUUCCUCCGUCUGACACGACAUGGGUAACCUUGGUGGCACAAAUCGGUGGAGUCCGACAAAUAUCCAAACGCUUGGUAUUUUGCGACUUGGAGCCACCUGGGUUUGAUGAGACGACGACGGAAGAGAAUGGCAACACCGCCAGAAAGGCAUGGAAAUCUGCCACCGAUGGCCAAGACUUGUCCGUGCAGCUCAUUGGCGGGGCUACUCUCUGUCAGGCAAUCGGGGAAGUGCAGGGGCAGGCAGCCUUGAAGCGUCUUCAGCAAGGGCAGUUGCUUCUGAUACAAGCAAAACUCAACGUCUACAGAAGCCGAGAUUCUCUGCAGAGUUGGAUAGCCAAUCGAAAGUUGGAUUUGGUGUUGGUGUCCUAUCAAGUUUUGUAUCAGUUUCCUGGUGCCUUGCCACCUCAACUAGCAGCUUCCGACACGGCUCCUCCAACAUCCGCUGCCAAGCCAAAGAAGCCGUAUUUGCAAUGGCAAGAUGUGUUUCCUGCCGACGUUGUGGAGCGAGGACCGCAAGUGUUUAUUGAGUUAGUUGACGAUGUGGAGUCGUUGGGAGCAUUUUCAAGGAAUGUGUCAAAACUGCUACAUGCAUUGGAAACAUCCGACCACUACUCAUCAGGCAUUCCAUCUCCAACAGACGGACAUUCUCCUACAAACGGAACUACCUCCAACUACGCCUUCGCUGGAAUAGACUGCGAAUGGAAGCCAGGUUUCUACAUGGACAAUCCACGCGAACCCCAACCGGUCUUACUGAUGCAAAUCAGCAUUGAGGAAAAGGUCUACAUACUGGACUUCCAGUCACUCGCUCGUCCUUUGUUGGACAUGCAUGAGGCCACGACGGAGACAGAGACAGCCUUGAAUGAUGCAUUACAAAAAUUAUUCCAGUCAAAGCUCCUUUUCAAGGUGGGCUUUCAACUUGUACAGGAUCUGCAACGGCUUUCUAUAAGCUAUCCCAAUUUGCCAGCGUUGCAAGAAGUUUGCAGCGUAUUAGAGGCUUCAGCGCUGGCCAUCAAAGUCAUGCGAUCCAGACGGCAGAAAAAUGCCUUGCACAUUACCUCUUCCUUGAGUCGUUUGACAGAACACUUUCUGGAAAAGUCUGUGAACAAGGCCCAACAAGUGAGCGACUGGAGUCAACGCCCCCUAACAGCGCAGCAGCUUGAAUAUGCUGCUCUUGAUGCAGCAGUCACUCAAGCACUCCUAAAGCAAUUCUUCCAAGAAAUGGAGGUCUCCGUGUUUUUGCCUGGCCCAGAAGUUGGGAGGUGGAAAGGUGAUGCUACUUAUUCCAAGCUGUUGACAUCGUGGAGGUUCCUCUUCCUUCAACCUGACACGGAUGACACAGUCAUGAAGAAAUUGAAGGCCAAGUCGGUACUCAGCAAUCAACCUCUUCUUAUCGUUUCACAGACAUGGAGCACAGCGGACGAUCCGCCGAAGCUACCGAGCGUUCCAGAGGAGGAUGCUGAAGGACCCUAUACCGACGUCUUCGGCAUUGUGCGAGUGCCGUCUGCUAGCCUUCGGAUAAGACCAAAUUCGACUCUUGAAUUGCAACAGUCAUUCUUGUCGUCUCUGGUGGGGAAACGGACUGGAAGAUCGAAGGAAAAGUGUUUGACCAGUCUACUGGAAGCGGCAAUCGCGGAGGAUUCCGAGAUCCUACCAGAGGGAUCCCGACUUCAGUAUCCUCCAAGGUCGGGUUUUGUUGAAUUUAAAGAUGGACUGGCUCUUUUCGUGAACAUGCCGGCAAGUGCCAGCCGUGAUAGUGCCUACCAGCCUCGAUCUUACCCCAACGAGUUUCUCGAGGAAGGCAGAGUCUUGACAUGGUAUUUGCAUGACCACGAGUGGGUUGGAGGGAAAUCACCUCUCGCUUUGAAAAUUCUUGACCCGAACUCCGUGAUCGUUGUCUUUGUCCGAGUAUCGAACAAGCACUUUCUUUGCUGUGGUCCUUGCCGCGUCAAAGUGCCCGAGACCAGGACAAGCAUUGUAUCCAAAGAAAAGCAAGAGAGCUGGUACCUGGUGCAACUGAACUUGCAUCUGUUGGAAUGGGGGAGCCUGACAAAAUCCAGUGACUUCGUGUCGUUGAUAUCUUGAUUCAGCCAUCUUGUCUGGGUCGAGGGAUGCGGGCUCAGAUCUAGGAUUCAUGCGCGUCAAAUUCGGUAUCCAUAAGGACGUCUAAUUGCCUUUCACCGUCGUCCAUUCCUCGCAAAUACCAGUCUUCCAGGGCUUCGCUGGAGGUCAUUCCAGAGGCUGGAACCAGUGACUGAAUGUUGGAAACGGAUGGUUCGAUGGCAAUUCCAUCCCUGGUUGUGAAGAACCUGCUCCACAUAGAGGGUGCGCCUUUGUGCGGGCAGAUAAGGGUAGAUAGAUAUUCCUUUGUGGUCUCUGUCAGUGUCACGGCAAUGGGGGUGACAAGGAUACGAUGAGAUUGCUCCUGAUCGUGCAGCCUCGCUGGCGGGAAAACACCCGAAACACCACCGUCGACGUAUAAGGUACCGUCAAUCUCGAUGCCUUCUCCUUCGUAUGUCAUGGGAUUCUUUGCAAACAAAUCUAACGGAUGAAAGGACGCAGGAAUUUGACAUGAGGCCCGAAUGACAUCAAAGAGCCGUUCUUGGUCAGGAUAUGGAGCUGUGAAUGGGAAUAACUGUGGCGAGCCGUCGGAGCUCCUGGUGGCGCAAACAAGCAAAUUUGGGCCAUCCUUUACUCUAGACCUGUCUUUCUCCUCCUCCAUCAGUGCUCGAAAGUGCUCGAAAGCUUUGCCUCGUUCUUUCAAGAAGCGGUCGCUGUAUUCAUCUAAGCGGUGGGGUAUUUGCGUUACAAUCGCUGCCGCAAUGGCCCCGGACGAUGAACCAGAAACACUUUUGAUUCUGUUGCAGAAAUCUUGGUGGUUAAGCAAAGACUUUGAGACGCCGAGAUGAUACGCAAUAAGAUGUCCAGCACCACUGAAGGACACUGUAAGGCGUGGUUUCUUCAUCUGCUGUGAUGAUCGCUCAACUUCGAGUUGUUGUGAAUGCUGGAGAGGUUGCCUUUGCCGUCCAACGUCAUUGUUACUCAUCAAACCAGCAAAGCUAGAUAGACCCCGUCCCAAGCAGAGUCAAUCGAGUCUUUGGCUUUGGUUCUCGAGGCAGUCCGCAUUACAUGUACUGUAGUUUAUCAAACUGCUGGCUUUCACUGACGAUCCUUUUGUGACACCCCCCAAGAAACUUCAACGACCUGUAGCCUCCACA